CUUUGAUCUUCCCCCACUGAAUCGCUCACCCCUUUGCUCCUCUCUCGAAUCCUAAAAAAGGAAGAAGCCAUGGAUCCAGCUGAGAUGAGGUACUUGGAAGAAGAGGAUGGUCCAAUGAUGAAGACAAUCAAAGGAAGUGUGACUGGUUUCGCUGCUGGGACUAUCUACGGAACCAUUUUAGCCACGUGGAAAGAUGUUCCGAGAGUGGAGAGAAACGUGGCUCUUCCUGGUCUCAUCAGGACGUUGAAGAUGAUGGGAACUCAUGGGCUUACUUUUGCUGCUAUUGGAGGAGUUUACAUCGGUGUGGAACAGGUGGUUCAGAGUUAUAGAGGAAAGAGAGAUUUUUUCAAUGGUGCUGUUGGUGGGUUUGUUGCUGGAGCUUCUGUACUUGGAUAUAGAGCAAGGAGCAUUCCCACAGCGAUAGCUGCAGGUGCAACGCUAGCAGUUACCUCUGCUUUGAUUGACUCUGGAGGUCAGACCACAAGAGUAGACAACGGUAGAGAGUAUUAUCCGUACACCCCUGUCGAGAAAACAGCUAAAGCUGAUGCCUGAUCUCUGUUUUGGCGACUGAAGUUAAUAAAGCUCUGCAUCUGCUUUAUCCAGGGCUCUUGAGAUCAUCUCUCUUCCCUGUCCUCUCUUUUUUUUUUUUUCUAUCUGGAGAUAUAAAAUCUUGAAACUCUUUUACUCUUUGUUUCAUCCUGUGUUUAUGGAGAUUGACUUACAUCUUUUGUCUGAACUUCCCCUUCAAUAAAAAAAUCAACUUUGUCUUCAAAAUGUUAAAAAAUGUUAGUUUCUAACUCUAAGCGAUCAAUUAUGUACUUGCGUUUGUUACUUCUAUCUGAAAAUCUACAUAUAA